AUGACGCUCAGCUUCCACCCGACAACCGCCCCGCUGUUCGGCCACCGCCUCCCCGCCCCGGACGCCGGGGUCGCGGACAUGAGCUUCCUCCAGGACGACGACGACGUCCACUCCGAGGUCACCGACACGCUGCUCGGCUUCGCGUACGACCCGCUCGACGCCUCCAACGCCGUGCUCGACGACCUCCUCAGCCUCCCGCCGCCCAUCGACGCCGCCGGCACCUUCCUCGCCCCGCUCGACGGAGCCACCGGUGCCGAGUGGCGUUGCGGCAAGAGGCAGCGCAUUGGCACUGGUAGCCAGCAGGUGACGGCGAUGACGGGGGCCCUGAUGAGCGACAAGUACGUCCUGCAACAGCAACUGCCGCCCCAGCCCGCGGUCCCGGUCCCGGUCCCGACGCAGGUUCCGGAGCCCCUCGUGUUCGUGCGCGGCGCGGACGCCAACAAGGCCGGCGGCGGCGGCGGUGGCGCAUGCCAGUCCGUGCAGAAGUCGGCGGCGAGGCAGCGCCGGAAGCGGAUCAGCGAGAAGACGGCCGAGCUGGCGCGGCUCAUCCCCGGGGCGCACAAGCUUAACACCGCCGAGAUGCUGGAGGAGGCCGCUCGCCACGUGAAGCUCCUGCAGGCGCAGGUCGGCGUGCUCGCCCUCAUGCGCGCCGCCGGCUCAAGCGAGAUGCAGGAGGAGAAGAUGCCGUCGGCCAUGGCGCAGGAGCGAAUGCACGCGCUGCUGGCGUGCGGCAGCGUGCAGGAGCGGCUGGCUGCCGAGGGCAAGUGCCUGGUGCCGACGAGUCUGGUGGACGCCGUGGCCAAGGACGAUGACGUCAAGGCCAACCCGGUGGUCCGCAGGGACCUCGGCCGGUUCGUGGCGUCGCUGCGGCAGGGCCAGUGA